CUCACGCUUCUUUUCCUCUCUGCAGCCUCUACUGCUUCUACCAACACCAACUACCACUAACUCCUCCAUACUACUUCGACACGGCCAGUCGGCACAGAACAGCCACAGAAAGCUUGCUGCUAGUCGUCCUCCCCUGCCAUCUGAUUGGAUGUCGCCCUGAUGUACUCGUACAUCCUACUGCCAACACGCACCGCUGAUACUGCACUUUGCCCGCUCCAGACCCGGUAGAGGUACCUCGCAGUAACCAGCGACGGGCAAUGCAACAAGCACGGGAGCAUGAUCCUGGCGCGAUAGACACCUUUGACGCCCUGACAAACUCCUAAGGCGCCCGACUGAUUUGCAUGUUUGCCUGUGGGAGCACGACAUGCCCAGCUCUUCCGCUGGCACUGCCUCUAUCCGGGGGUGGGUGCCGUGCUGUAUCUUCCUUGCUAACCACCAGGCACUAAGGCACCCGACUUGUAGCACGAGCACUGCACGAAUCGCCCACCUAGCUAACCUGUCAAUGGAAUCUCUCAAGGUGCUCAUAUUAGUGCAUAGCUGCUCUCGUUCUCUUGUGGAACAUGAGGAGCCAUGUCGGCACAGCCAGCCUUGACUAAUGCUGUCAAAUCAAUUUUAUCGGGGCAGCGUGGUUGAAAGAAGCCCUCUCGUCCGUGAUGACCAAUGUUUACAGUGCAAAGGUACAGCCGCUCUAGGGCGCAGUUUUUGCCAUCGAACCAAGCGGGUACAGAACAAGCACCGCUUUACGGAGCAAAUCGAAUCCAUCCCCCUCUAUUACUCAGACGUCUGUACGUGUAUUACUCUGUACUUUGUAC